AUGCCGGACCCAAUGACGUCGACCGAAGCUGUAAAUACGACGACAGCCAGCGACUACGAGGACUACGUUCCGAACGGGUGUUCGGACUCGGAAGGGUACUUUUAUACAAAUGCCUACGAGAGCACCGUUGGCUGGGACGGGCUGCCGAAUCGGGACGACAAGAACCAGCGCAGCGUCUAUUUUAUAUUCACUGCCAUGUGUACGUACGGUCCCGUCAUCAUCAUCCUGAACAUCUACUGUAUUCAACUAAUCUAUCGUCGUCACCUCCUAACGAAAAGCGUGAAAUUCAUCCUGAUGCUUGACUCGGGAUGCCGAUUAUUCGAAGGCUUUGCCACCGUC